AAAUGCCGAGAACCAUUCGCCAGCCGCGUCGUUGGGACCUUUCUUGCUUUCAAAUCAUAUUCCGACGACCGGUUGGCAGUUGCGACUUGGUUGUUAGGUUUUUAAUGACUGGGAACAACAGGGAACGCUGGGAACGCUGGCAACAGUAAAUAAUCUUCCUCCUCGAACUCGCCCAUUCCCUGCCCUCAGACGUUCAGACGUUGGUGUGGGAGAAGUCUGUUCUGCACACUCGGAUCAAUACUAGCAGAUCUUUGCCCGCCCCAGUCAGUCAGUCAGUUCUCGAAAACGACACUGAAGCACAAGGAUAAGCACAAGCACCAAAGCGCAACAAUGGGUGCUAUGGUGCAUCUCCAGAACUCGGCACCGAGCGCCAGCAAGAUCGCCAUCGGAUUGGCACUCUUUGGUGUCAUCGCCGUCAUAGUCGACUAUGUACGCAUGCUUAUCUUGAGGAGUAAAAUGCCGCCAGGCCCUCUCCCGUGGCCGAUCAUAGGAAACACGUUCCAACUGCCGGACGUCAAGCCAUGGGUAUAUUUCGAGGAACUGGCCAAGAAGUACGAGACGCCCGUGAUCACGUACUGGAUCGGACGGAACCCGACGGUCUGGAUCUGCAACGCGUGGGCUGCGUCCGAGAUGCUGGACAAGCGAGCUUCGAUCUACUCGUCACGGCCGCGCAUGGUCGUGUUCGGCGAACUCAGCAUGGGCCAGAACAACAUUGUGUCCAUGUACUACGGCGACCGGUGGCGGUUGCACCGCAAAUUGACGCACAUGGGCGUCGGCUUGCAGCAUGUCCGGAGUUACAGCGGCUUCCAGAACAAUGAGAGCAAGGUCGUCGCCUACGAGAUCCUCCAGAACCCUAAAGACUAUGUCAUGGCGUUUGAACGGUACGCCGCGUCGGUCGUGAGUAUCAUCGGUUUCAACCGGCGGAUCAGCAGUAAGGAAGACCCAAUCAUCACCGAGGUUAUAGCCGUGAUGCAGAAGGCCGCCGAGUUGAAUGUGCCGGGGAAGACCUUCCCCAUGCUGAUGGAGACGUUCCCCUGGCUGUCAAAGUUCCCUAACUGGAUGGCGCCGUGGAAACAUGGUCUCGGCGUCAAGGGACGUGGUCGAUCGUUCUACUAUGCGCUUGCCGAUGAGGCCGCGAACAAAGAGAACCAUGGCAACUGCUACGCGAAGAAGAUCUUUGACGAGGCGCCCAAGUACGGGCUGAACGAACUGGAAAUCGCCUCGUUGAACGGCAACCUCUUUGGAGCAGGGAGUGACACCUCCAGCUCGACGCUGGUGACUUUCGUACUGGCGUGCUGUGCGUUCCCCGAGGUGCUGCCCAAAGCCUGGGAAGAGCUCGAUCGAGUUGUCGGUGCAUACCGGAGUCCAGGGCUGGAUGACGAUCUGCCGUACGUGCGGGCAUUUGUUAAGGAGGUUUUCAGAUGGCGGUCCGUCGCAAUCAUUGGUGGCCAGCCCCAUGCUCCAAUCCAGGAUGAUGUGUACAAGGGUUGGUACAUUCCCAAGAACACUUGGGUUCAAGGCAAUGUCUGGGCCAUCCAUCGGAAUGAGAAGGAUUUCCCGGAGCCUGAUCGGUUUUGUCCCGAACGAUUCUUCGAAGAUCACCCCCUCCACCGUCCAUUCCCCAAUGAGAAGGGCUAUAUGACAUUUGGCUGGGGCCGGCGAGUCUGCAGUGGUCAAGGAUUGGCCGAACAGGGCACUUUCUUGACCGUCGCACGGCUGCUGUGGGCUUUCAAUAUCCAGAAAGCCCUGGACAAGAACGGCAAUGAGAUCCCCGUGGACAUUUUCCGUUACACGAACGGCCUCAACAUGCGUCCCGAGCCUUUCGAAUGUCGCAUCACACCUCGAUCGCCUGAGAUCCAAGAGACGAUAGAACGGGAAGGUAAGCAAGCGCUGGAGGAGUUGUCGCAGUUUGAAGGGGAAAGCAAGUAUCGCAUGAGCACUUUUUAUUUGGAGAAUAAGAUUUGAGGUGCCGAUUGGGGGUCGAGGGGGUGAGCAUACCCCGGUAUUCUCGAUUACUGUACCUAGGUAGGUAUGUAGAGAAGGCAAGGCAGGCAUGAGCGACAGCAUUUUGGCAUCUGGCGAUAGGAGAAGAUAGAGUGUGGUUGCAACAACAGCAUCAAUUACCA